CACAAAAAAAUGAUGACUUAACUGAAUGGGAAAAGAAGGUACAUUUUUUUCAAAAGUCUUCUUUAUUCUUAGCAUAAAAAUUUCCCUUCAAAAUGAUAAGUGGUACAAACUCUUCAGGAUCUUACAUGCCCUCAAAAAUAAGAAGUUCUAAAAUAGAUGACAACUACUUGAAGGAACUGAAUGAGGAUUUAAAGCUAAGGAAACAGGAACUGCUAGAGAUGCUAAAACCUCUAGAGGAUAAGAACGACCUUUUAUUCCAGAAGUUAAUGUCUAACUUGGAAGAAAAACAAAGAAGUCUGCAGAUCAUGAGACAGAUCAUGGCAGGGAAGGGAUGUGAAGAAUCCUCAGUCAUAGAGCUAAUAAAGGAAGCAGAGGAGAUGAAACAGAACCUGGAAAGGAAAAACAAGAUGCUUCGGAAGGAAAUGGAGAUGCUAUGGAACAAGACAUUUGAGACAGAAGAUCUCAUUGAUCAACAAAAAACACCACAGAUAAAAACCAAGGCAGACUUGCAGGAUGGAAAGGCUCUCAAAUCCCCCUCAUCAACUAUGAAGACCAAAAAUGAAUUGGAAACAUCAUCUGCAGAGAAAGUGAAGGAAAUGAGGAAGGAAAAGCAACAGAGGAAAAUGGAAUGGGUCAAAUAUCAAGAACAAGCCAACAUCCUUCAGAAUGACUUUCAUGGCAAAGUGAUUGAGCUGAGAAUUGAAGCCUUGAAGAAUUACCAAAAGGCCAAUGAUCUGAAAUUAUCACUGUACUUACAGCAGAAUUUUGAGCCAAAGCAAGCACUUUUAAAUCUUCCCAGGUCCCAAGGUACUAUGGGAACUACAACUGUGGGCAGAGUAACUACCAAUAGAAACGAAUCCAAUGUGAGAAUUCUGGGAUCCCACACUGAACAAGGAGCUAAAGGAAACCAGUUUGAUGAUGUAGGAGGGAGGCUCUUUUUUCUAAGGUCACUGCCAGAUGAAGUUCUGAAGAAUUAGAAGACUUUCACUCCAUUUGCUUUGGACAGAUUUAAAGACUAGG